GGUUCAGUGCCGACCAAAGAUGGCUGCGCCCAUGUAAUACCGGCAGCUGCUGUUGACCUUUCCUUUUCCUCCUUGUCAUUUGCACCCUGUGGUGGCAGGCAGGGCAUGAGGACCAUGCUGGGCAGAACCCUCCGAGAAGUUUCUGCGGCGCUGAAACAAGGCCAGAUUACUCCAAUUGAGCUCUGUCAGAAAUGUCUCUCUCUUAUCAAGAAGACCAAGUUUCUAAACGCUUACAUUACUGUAUCAGAAGAGGUGGCCUUAAAGCAAGCUGAAGAAUCAGAGAAAAGAUACAAGAAAGGUCACUCACUUGGGGAUUUAGAUGGAAUUCCUGUUGCUGUAAAAGACAACUUUAGCACGUCUGGCAUUGAGACAACAUGUGCAUCAAACAUGCUGAAAGGCUAUGUACCACCUUUUAAUGCUACAGUAGUUCAGAAAUUAUUGGAUCAGGGUGCUCUUCUAAUGGGAAAAACAAACUUAGAUGAGUUUGCUAUGGGAUGUGGAAGCACAGAUGGUAUAUUCGGACCAGUUAAAAACCCCUGGAGUUUUUCCAAACAAUAUAGAGAAAAGAGGAAGCAGAAGCCCCAUGGUGACAACGAGGAUUCAGAUUGGCUUAUAACUGGAGGAAGCUCAGGGGGGAGUGCGGCGGCCGUAUCAGCGUUCACCUGCUUUGCGGCUUUAGGAUCAGACACAGGAGGAUCCACCAGGAAUCCAGCUGCCCACUGCGGGGUUGUUGGUUUAAAACCGAGCUACGGCUUAGUUUCUCGUCAUGGUCUCAUUCCCCUGGUGAACUCAAUGGACGUGCCGGGAAUCUUAACCAGAUGUGUGGAUGAUGCAGCAGUUGUGUUGGGUGUACUGGCUGGGCAUGACUGCAAAGAUUCUACCACAAUACAAGACCCUGUUAAACCAUUUAUGCUUCCGAAUUUGACAGACGUGAGCAAACUAUGCAUAGGAAUUCCGAAGGAAUAUCUUGUACCAGAAUUAUCAAGUGAAGUUCAAUCCCUUUGGUCCAAAGCCGCGAGCCUCUUUGAGUCUGUGGGGGCCAAAGUAAUUGAAGUGUCUCUGCCCCACACCAGUUAUUCAAUUGUCUGCUACCAUGUAUUAUGUACAUCGGAAGUGGCAUCGAACAUGGCAAGAUUUGACGGACUGGAAUAUGGUCACAGAUGUGACAUUGAUGUGUCUACUGAAGCCAUGUAUGCUGCAACCAGACGAGAGGGGUUUAAUGAUGUGGUGAGAGGAAGAAUUCUCUCAGGAAACUUUUUCUUAUUAAAAGAAAACUAUGAGAAUUAUUUCGUGAAAGCACAGAAAGUGAGACGACUCAUUGCUAAUGAUUUUGUGAAUGUGUUUAACUCUGGAGUGGAUGCCUUGCUAACGCCCACCACCUUGAGUGAGGCCAUGCCAUACCUGGAGUUCAUCAAAGAGGACAACAGAACGCGAAGUGCCCAGGGUGACAUUUUCACACAGGCCGUAAAUAUGGCGGGACUGCCGGCAGUGAGUGUCCCUAUGGCCCUCUCAAACCAAGGCUUGCCAAUAGGACUACAGUUUAUUGGACGUGCGUUUUGUGAUCAGCAGCUUCUUGCAAUUGCCAAAUGGUUUGAAAAACAAGUACAGUUUCCUGUUAUUCAGCUUCAAGAACUAAUGGAUGAUUGUUCAUCAAUCUUCGAAAAUGAAAAGUUAACAUCUGUUUCUCUAAAAUAGUAGUGAUGAAUAUAUUGUGCAAAUUAAAAUGAUUUUUAAAGAUUUUCUAUGCUAGAAAAGUCACUUGAUCUUGCUAAGUUUUUAUAAUUUGGUUCAUUGUCAACAUAAUCAUUCCUUGGAAUCACUGUUUAAAAUUCUUGUGAUAUAGUUAAUUAAUUGUAAAUAAUCUCUCAGCAUUUAUUAAGUAUCUGCAAGUACAAAGUACAGGAUUUCUACUAUAACACAAGACACGUGUUCCUGAAAAAUGAUGUAUUUUUGCAGAAAUGUUCAUUAAAAAGUACAGAGCUUAUUCACUUUGUUAGGGAUAUUAAUGUUGAAUAACUAUGUUAUAUAUCUGAAACUAAUAUAAUAUUGUAUACUAACUAUAAUUUAAAAAAAGGAAAAAAAGAACAGCUUACAGUAAAAAUAAGUUUAGGAUUAAACCUCUCAUAACCUAUACAUCUUUAUAAGCAAAGCACUAACAAAAACAAUAAUUGGUACCUCCAGAGAGGGCCUGGACAGCCAAGCAGACAGGCAGCUCAGCAUGUGGUGGAGGCUGAUGUUACAAAUGCACAAAAACAAUAAAAUGCGAAUAUUUGCCUCUGAGUGCUGAGCAAAGCAGGUGUAAGAGGAGCUUUGAUCACAGGAGGAAGUGCAACCCACUGGGGCCCAGAGUCAUGCAAGACUGGGGGGGCGCCCAGGUGCAAGCACUCCCUUUAUUUCUCUAAAAAUAGACCUGGCGGAGAACUUUCUAACUUUCAUGCUAAAUGUUAAAAUUUUACAUCCGCUAUUCCAGGGCCCCACACCAAGGAACCAAAAUAACUCCACGUUACACUUGCGUUCAUUCUCCUAUUAACCGAUCCCGAAUGAGCUCAUUGAUGUCAUACAAACAUUGGUUGUAACCUAACAGACCAACUUGAAACCUGGUAGGUUCUUGGUUAUCUGAGGGGAAUACGUUCCAAGAGCCCAGUGGAUGCCUGAAACCCAUACAUACUGUGCAGAGAGUACCAAACGCAUAUAUACUGUGUUUUUUCCUGUACACGCAUACCUAUGAUAAAGUUUAAUUUAUAAAUUAGGCACAGUAAGAGAUUAAAAACUAUAACUAAUAGAUAGAAUAGUGAUAACAAUAUACUUUAAAAAAAAGUUAUGUGAAUGUGGUAUUAUUAAGUAAAACAAGGAUUAUUGAACACAAGCACUGUGAUACCACGACAGUCAACCUGAUGACUGAGAGGGCUACUAGCUAACGGGCAAGUGGCGUAUACAGUGUGGAUAUGCUGGACAAAGGGCAGAUUCAUGUCCCAGGCUGGUCGGCUCGAGAUUUCAUCAUGCUACUCAACUGCAUGCAAUGUAAAACUGAUGAAUUGUUCUAGAAUUUUCCAUUUAAUAUUUGGUAACUGAAAUAAUGGAAAGCGAAACCUCAGGUAAGGGAGGACUACUACACACAAGUAAUAUCCAAUAUGAAAAACUUGUAAAUAAUUUGGUGAAGCUGCCAGAGAGAGGAGGGCCAUGGCUCCCCGCUUAGCCCACAUCUCCAUUCCUCAAUGGUUUUCUCACCCUCUUGACUUUCUGUCCCAGUGCUUUCUGUUUGGGCUCCUUCAGCCCAAAGAGAGAACGGGAAUCUAUAUUCAAACUUUGAAAAAAAAAAAUCUAAUGAAAAUCAUACAUUUACUCACUGUAAAGUUUCAUCACUGGACUUCUUUGUCUUUGCCAUAACAGUUGUCAUCGCAUGUUGAUCUAAUUUGGCAGUUAUACUGGGGGUGUCAAAAAUAUGUAUACACAUGCCUUGUAUUUACCUUUUGUUAUCGGUAUAGAGUGAGUAUUACAAUUUUAAUACAGUUUUUUCUUUCUUAAACUAUACAUUUUUUUGGUACCCUUUGUAUGUUGUUGAUAAGUAUAAGUAGGAAGCUGAAUUAUUUAAUAAAUUUACUUUGUUCAAUAAAAAAAAUAUUUUCUAAA